AUGGUUGAGGCACCCACUGCUUCCGGCAAUGCAAAACCACAGUCUGCGCGCGCAUCCAGGAAGAAAACUCUCGCUGCAGCAGCAGCUGAGGAGGGAAUCAAUGACGCCACACAGAGCAGUGGGAAGACUGAGGGCGGUCAGGGGAAGAGGCCAGCAAGGGAGCGCAACACAGGAAAGGGAACUCGAGAAGAUGCGAAAAGGCAUCGGAUGGAUGCAGCUCAGGGCACAGCUGAGAAGGAGGUGCAGACCGACCAUGUUGCAAUCAGCGCAGCGGCGCAGCCAGACAUCUCCCAUUAUGAGUGUCCCAUCUGUAUAUCCAUCAUCAUCGCCCCUGUUGUCUCUCCCUGUGGCCAUGACUUCUGCCAGCACUGUUAUGAGGGCAUGAUGGCGACUCCCGGGUCGCGUUUCCCCGGCAAUCUGAAAUGCCCCAUCUGUCGUGAGGCAAUGCCCUCAAAGGUUCCUGGGGUCUGCAAGCGGCUGGAGAGCACAGUCGAGCUUCUGUUCCCUCAGCAGCUGACAGCCCGCAGGGCGCUAUUAGCUGAUGAGCUGGAAGAGAGAAAUAAGGACAGGGAGCGGGCCAAAGAGGCACAGCGAGCACAGCGAGGGGGGGGAAUAGCAAUGGCGGAGGUAUUUGAGACCCUCCAUCACAUCACCAGAGAGGCCCGAGAUCGUCUGGCAGCUGUCGGCACCAUGUAUGAACCAGAUGGAGAGGCGGGCGCGCAAGCGAGUGCUGCACAUUCGGCCCCGGGCAGCGUUGCUUGGGGCAUGGGGGGCAUGCAAAUGAGCGCAUUCAGGCGGCCAGUUUCAAUGGCUCUCCGGGCAGGCAACCAGACUCAGGCGGCGCCCCGGCAACAGCAGAGCGGGGCGCAAGCGGCCGAAGCACCCCGUGAGAAUGUUGCCGCGCCCCCUGCACCUGGGGAUGAUGGACCAUGGCUCCCCUGGGGGCACUUACACCCGCAAACAGGGGGGUGGAUGAAUCAGGCGUCACCUGUGUCUUGGGGCCAGCCUGGGGCUUCCACUGAGCCCAGCCCAGCAGCGCAAGGAGGAGCCCAGCUGCCAUUCAGCUGGGCCGCAAACACUGCGCCCAUGCCGCAGCCCACGCUGGAGGCACCAGCCAGCGGGCCUGUCCCUGAGGACCAGCAAAACAGCAUUGCCCAGAGCUUCCGGGGAUUGGCUGCGCUGGCCAGCAGAGUCGUCAUGUUCCACCAGGCAAUGCACGCUGGUGGCGAGGACGAAGACGCGGCUGCAAGCCAGAUGUACGCGGAGCUGCUGAACGCCCAACGCGUGGCUGAGGGGAUGCAAUUCCCUAUGCCAGCAGGUGUGGGAGGUGGAGGGGAGGGGGGCGCAGGUCCCCCCAGCGGCAGUCUGGGGCUGCCCACCUUCACAAUGGGGAGGGUGGAGGACAGACCCCGGAAUCGUCGCCAGCGCCGCCGAGCGCAGAACCUUCCCAGCCCGAGUUUCCUUGCAAGGAACAUGCCGCCUUCAGGGGGAGUAGAAGAAUAG